UUUACUUGUAUUCUUUCUUUUCUUCUAGGAUGGCCAGAGCUUUUGCAUUCUGAAUGAGCAGAGAUUUGCUAAAGAGCUACUUCCCAAAUACUUCAAACACAACAAUAUCUGUAGCUUCAUACGGCAGCUCAAUAUGUAUGGAUUCAGGAAAGUGAUUGCAUUGGAGAAUGGUAUGAUAACAGCAGAGAAGAGCGCAGCAAUUGAAUUCCAACACCCUUUCUUUAAACAAGGGAAAGCAGACUUAUUGGAAAACAUCAAACGAAAGGUGUCUGCAGUGAGAACUGAGGACCUCAGAGUCUGUUCAGAAGAUUUACACAAAGUGCUUUCUGAAGUUCAGGAAAUGAGGGAGCAACAAAACAACAUGGAUGUCAGACUGGCUAGUAUGAGAAGGGAAAAUAAAGCCUUGUGGAAAGAAGUAGCUGUUCUAAGACAGAAGCACAGCCAACAACAGAAGUUGCUGUCUAAGAUCCUUCAAUUUAUACUAAGUUUGAUGAGAGGAAACUAUAUUGUGGGAGUCAAGAGAAAAAGAUCUCUAACAGAUGCGUCUGGUGCCUCCCCUUCCAAAUUCAGCCGGCAGUAUAUUCACCUACCCGUGGAGCAUGGUGAUACGGUUGCUAUUUCUGAACAUGAUCCAGACAGUGAAAAUGGUACAGGCAUUAUUAUUCAAGAUAUUACCAACACUGUGGAUGAUGCCCCUGGUGUGUGUGCUACAGCAAGUAGCCCAAGUGGAAGUCAUGGAGAGAUCCAGACUUCUCAAGAACAGGAUCUGCCUGUGUGUGAAGCAUCACAGCCCAUUGAGUUAAGUGAUACAGAACCAGACUGUCUAGUUCAACUUGCUGAUGGUUCCCUCAUGUCCAGUGUAGUAGGCAGUGAAGCAGUAGAGAUGCAUUCUGCCCAAGUUAAUGCUCCAGAAGAUCCUGCAUCAGUGAUUGACUCCAUCUUGAAUGAGAGUAACUCCACAACUCAAAGUGAUGCUUUACUGGAGAGGGAAGAGAUUCAGGAUUUUCUGAAUUGUAUUGAUGCUAGUCUUGAGGAGCUCCAGGCGAUGCUGUCUGGGAAGAAAUUUAACUUUGGCUCUGAAGCCUUUAGUGAUACUUUCAAUCCUGAGCGCUCAGCCCUGGACAUAAACUUGACAAAUGCUUCAUCCAAUAUGGAAAAUAUUGAGGACCUGCCGGACAGCAUUGAAGAGCUGGGAACAAGUGAGCAGGAAACAACUGAAAACAAAGACAUGCAGUUGAUACAAUACAGAGGCAACCCUCUGCUUUCGUUAUUCGAAGAACUGCCCUCUGUUGAAGGUGCUGGGAAGACAGAGGAUCCUAAAGAUCUUCUCCUGUCCUCAUUGGAGGAGAAACCUGCUAUUUCUCUUUCCUCAAGUAGCGAAGCAGUUUCACCACUGGCAGCUCCAGCAAUCCAGGCUGAAUCCCUUGAUACGCUGGAACUCUGUGAUCAGUCUCUGCUCCCAGAAGAUGGCAAUGGAGAGUAUAAACUAUUUCCCCUCCUGCUUCUCAGCCCUGUGGCUAAUUUUAUAGAAGAGGCCUCCGAGAUAGAAACUGCUUGAGAACUUGCACAACAUCUCUGUAAGAUCAGCUUCCUGAUCUGAAAUACAGAGAUGGUACAGGGCUCAGUGAGGUUUUCUUCCCUUCCUUUCACUUCCUUGUCCCAUCUGCCCCAUCCUGGGACUAAUAUGCAAAGAUAAUGGAAGGCUUCUUAAAAAUGCAAGACAGUUCAUGCAAGAAGCUGAAAGCACUAUCGAGACAAGAAUUGCACCGCACUGAAGGCGCUCAGAGAAACAAAUGCCACACACACAUAUUGUAUUGUAAUAUGUAAUUUUUUUAUAUUGUUACUAAAAGGAAAUCUAUAUCCUAUUGUAAAGCUGGGUUGUAUUUUUUAGCUGUCUUAUCACAUCUUAUUGAAUAUUGCAACAUGGAAUUUACUUGUUCUGAAUUUUUCAUUAUGUUGCUUGUUUCCUGUUAGAAAAUCAUUUGCAAAAAUGGAAUAUAUUUUGUUUGCCUGCUACUAGGA